GCGCACGCAAUAUCAUUUGGAGAUCUCUCUCUAAUCUGUGCCAAUUCUAGUCGCACCCCAGCAACCGCUUCAACGGAGACGUUUUUCUGCAAAGUCAGCAAGUUGUCAUUAUCCAGUCAAUGAGAUCCAUGAGCUUUCAGAAGAAGACGGCUAUUACAACAGUAAUAAUCAUAGACGUUUUGGAUUACUAUGCAAAAUUAACAUUGUAUAAGGCACCAAUGGACUGUCAUAGGAAUCCAACUCUCUUGUAACCUCUUGAGACCUGACAUAAAAAUAUUCAACAAAUAUUUUUUUAAAGGCUGAAAUAGGACAAUUGUAUCCUAAUUAGAAGUGAUUCACAGUUUAUGAGAAGCAAUAAUGAAGUUUUCUGUGGUACCUCUAAUCCUCUUUUGUUUUGCUUCUGCAAAGGGUCUGAAAUGCUACAAAUGCAGCAGCGAUUCAUGUCCCACAUGCAGUAGCAGCUGUGGGAUUUCAGAAUUUGACCGUUCGAAAUCUAUACAGACGACAUGUGCCGAAAAUGAAGUGUGUUGGACGAUAAAGCAAUAUGACUCUCGAAAAAGGUAAAAAGUUGAAAGAAAAUACAUCAGAGAUCAUUUGGCCGAUUUCAUAUAUCUUAAUUUCAUUGACGAUCCUAUUAGUCUGUUCACUUGGUUCAUUAUUUUGGAUACGAUGGAGACGGAGAAAAGCCGCCGAACGCAAAAGAAAAGAAGAAGAGAGCGAAUGGACUAAACAAAAAUAUGAAACAGUCCGGGGACUCCAAGAUAUUGCUGAACAAGAAAGUAUAGUAGCCAAAUGCAAUAAAGCAAAGGUUGUUUGUUUAUGUUUAUCCUUGAUCGGUGAAAUGGCAGCUUUAUGGAAUACUGACUAUCCUGUCGUAAAAUGUAUUCCAAUUGGUUUACGUUUUUUCAAUGUUAUUACUGACUCAAUAGCAGAAUACAGAUCAAGACAAAUAUCUGAAGAAGCCAUUAAGCUACUCCAAGAAGACAAUGUUACCUUCAAGUCUAAGAGACAUCAAGAAAAAAGAGAUGAGUACUGUUCUAGUCUGAAUGAAUUUCGGUCAGGCCUAGGUGGUGUAUAUUUCCAAUUCAGAAGGGAUGGCGAUCUAAUGAAAUUUUUCAGAGAUGUUGUAAAAGUACUUCAGAAGUGGAUCAACAAAAGGCACAUAGAGGUCAACAGAUUCGUAUCGCUGAUUGUCAACAUCGGUCAAAUAUUUGGUUUCGAUCUCUCAUAUUAUGCUAUGCUGACCGGUGCAGCCAAUAUGAUUUUAGAUGUCAUCGCCAUGUACCAACGCGUCAGCGACAUACGUAAUGGCUCACGUGAUGAAACUGCAAAUAAAAUAAGAGAAAUUGCAAGUAACCUAGAGGAACAAACUUAUACAAUGGACUAGAUCAAAUGGUUUAAAAGUCGUAACCACUAAUGAAUAAACGUGAUUACGUUACAUUGUCAAUUGUAAAUAUUUUAUUGUAAAUAAUUUAUUAAUGUUUUGAACAGGGUUAGUAGAAACACAUCAUAUCAACCUGCAAUAAAAACAACCAAUCAUUACUUAAUAUUUAGUUAUUCUUAUUCAGUGAUGGUGAUGGUUUGGUAAUGGCAUCUUUUGUAAAACUAUAAUUGACAACACUGAAGUAUUGUUGAAAUAAUGUAAAACAUAGGCCUAUUGUAAAAAUAAAUUA